AUGGCUGCAUGCGAUUAUACUAUUUCACGAGACCUUAGAGUCGUCGCCCCUGCCGGUCAGAUUCAUCUUCCUAUCAAUGUAACCGGCAAUAUACCCAACUAUAAACGCCUCAGUGAGGGGCCUGUUAUCAAGUCAUGUGAAAUCGCACUGGGAAUACAUAAUGUAUCCCUUCAGCUCAAAAUCCCUCAUUAUGACAUUAUCCACCUCAAUCCAGCUCCCCCAUCGGCUGUCAUCUAUUCACACGCCAACUUCAAGGCUUCUAUCCAACCGGAAAAGGCUGGUGAUCCCAAAGACUUCUAUGAGAGGUGCAUUGCUGAAGCCGCAGCGAUUAACCUAUUUUUCCCCGAUGUACAAUCGGAACGCAUCCGCAUAUGCAUGACCGCGUGGCUGGCUGCAAACUGCGCGGCAGAUGACAUACUUGAGGCCAUGCCACCAGCUGCCGCAACGUUUGCUUUGAAAGAGGCAAUCUUGCAGCUUCAAGGAAAGAAUUUAAACGUCUCUCCGACAAGCAAGGUGGCAUCAAUCCUUUGUUUCUUUCAAGAAUAUUGCAUCCAGCAACUUGACCUAUGUGAAAGCACCGCCCAUGAGCUCAGCGAUGAUAUAUGCGACAUGUGUUAUGGCUUGCUUGACGAGGUCCUAUUUCGGCAAGGAAUGUUGCCCAACAACCUGGAGACCUAUUUGCAGUUCCGAGGCAGAACGAUGGGAAUCCAUCCAUUUUUCACUCUGAUCCGAACAUUACACGAACCGGUCGAGGAGGAAUAUCUCACAGACCUCAAAAAUCUCCAGAAGGGCAUUAGCUUAAUCCUAGGGCUGCAGAACGACCUUGUUGGCCUAGAGAAAGAUCGUCGAAAUGGUGAGACCAUGAAUGCAGUCUUGGUAUCCUUAAAGGAACAGGCGGGGAUGGAUGUGGAACACAUGGAUAUGAUAUUGCCAAGGACGAUUCAAGACGUGUGCAACAUCCACAAUCUUUGUGUCUUAGCUGCAGUGGAGAUGUAUGAAGGGCUCCAUGUCUCGCUACAGGGAGACUCCCACGACCCGAUUCUUGAGGCAGCAAUUUUGGCAUUUGCAGAUACCCAUCUGAAAUGGUGCGCCUCGUCUAAGCGAUAUCAGGCAAAGGUAGAAUAG